CCGUCUCACUACAGAAAAAAAAGUUUGCGACAGACACACUUUGCGGCAUCAGAAUACGACUGUCAUUUGGAAACCCGGCACUGUCGUUAACGUUACCAAGACGACAACAGCGCAGCGUCUGAAGAAUACAGUUUCUGAUUUGACUGUGGAGAAGCAACUUUCACACUGUCAGAAUUGUUUGGUAAAAUGCACAGUUCAACACUGGUUUAUGAACAGCUGCGAGAUGUCAUUGAAAUACAACAACGUAUCUUGGUCGACUUUAAACAGAAGGAUGAAGAUAGAGAAGAAAUCAUGGUCCCGAGAAAACAGUAUGAAGCAGUGCUGAAACAGCUUGAGGAAGAGAAAUUACGGCAUAAAGAAACUCAAAUUCUCCUUGCCAUGGAAAAUGAAAAGUCAGAGUUUGCAUCUGGUGAAACUGAAGUUCUGAAAAAACAGCUACAAAAAGAAAGAGAGUCAUUUGAGAAAACACUUACCAUUGUUAAAAAAAAAGCUCUGAAGGAGUCCACAAAAAAUGACAAACUCAUAAGCAGAUAUAAUGAAAUUGAAUCUGUGGCUUUAAAACACAAAGACAUGUUAAAUGAAAAAGAGACCGAAAUAAAGAAACUUCAUCAUCGACUGAAUAAGCAGAAAGUAACUUUAAAAGUUCAGAUGACAGAUCUUCACAUACAGAAGAAACAAGAAGAUUAUAUUGCACAAAUACUUGAAAAGAAGAAAAAAACAAAAUGUGGCUCACCAAACAACUUGCUAUGAGUAAAUGUUUAUAGACUGUUAGUUUUUGAUAAUGUUUGAUUCACAGGACUAAAGCUAUUUAUUGAUUGUAUUUUUUGCUCAGUCAUUUUGUAAAAUUUUUGUUAGGAGUUUUCUUUAAAUAAAUGUUUAUGUAUUUUUA